AUGGCAAACAGCAAAGUCAAGGACCUAACUCUGGCAACUUUCGGGCGAAAGGAGAUAACAAUUGCAGAGGGCGAGAUGCCCGGCCUGAUGGCCAUACGGCGCGAAUUUGGAUCCUCUAAGCCUCUUCAGGGGACAAGGAUAACGGGCUCUCUCCACAUGACCGUGCAGACUGCCGUCCUCAUCGAGACCCUUAAAGAGCUAGGUGCCACCCUCAGAUGGUGCUCCUGCAACAUCUUUAGCACUCAAGAUCAUGCGGCCGCUGCCAUUGCCAGGGACGAAUCCGCCACUGUCUUCGCGUGGAAAGGAGAGACUCUGCAAGAAUACUGGUGGUGCUCUGAGAAGGCGCUAACCUGGCCGGACGCCGACGGCCCGGAUCUGCUUGUAGAUGAUGGAGGUGACAUUACCCUUCUUAUUCACGAAGGGGUCAAGGCUGAGAAGGAAUUUGCGGCGAACAAAACUCUGCCUGACCCCGCGAAGGCAUCCAAUGAGGAGAUGCGAGUAAUACUGGAGCUGCUGAGGGACACCUUGCAGAAGGACCCCACGAAAUGGCAGCGCAUGGCAAAGGCUGUGAAGGGCGUGAGCGAGGAGACAACGACGGGAGUCCACCGUUUGCUUCACAUGGCAGCCCAGAAUGAGCUGCUCUUCCCUGCAAUCAAUGUGAACGACUGUGUGACGAAGAGCAAGUUCGACAACGUGUACGGGUGCAGGCACUCAUUACCUGACGCUAUCAUGCGUGCCACAGAUGUGAUGCUGGGAGGCAAGAAAGUUGUUAUCUGCGGAUUCGGAGAUGUGGGGAAAGGAUGCGCAGCCGCCAUGAGGGGUCAGGGAGCCCGCGUGGUCAUAUCGGAGGUAGAUCCCAUAUGCGCCUUGCAGGCAGCUAUGGAGGGAUACACAGUGGCCCCCCUUGAUGAGCACGUGCGGGACGCAGAUAUCUUUGUUUCUGCGACGGGAAAUAAAGACAUUAUCAUGGCGAAGCAUAUGAGCCAGAUGAAGAAUAAUGCCAUUGUGGGCAACAUUGGGCACUUCGACAACGAGGUGGAUGUUCACGGGCUACGACAGUGGCCUGGGAUCCAGCAUGAAAAUAUUAAACCCCAAGUAGACAGAUUUGAGUUCCCCGAUGGCCACGGCGUCAUCCUGCUGGCGGAGGGCCGCCUCAUGAACCUGGGAUGUGCAACAGGGCACCCCUCCUUCGUUAUGUCCUGCUCUUUCUCAAACCAGGUCCUUGCUCAAAUCGCUCUAUGGGAGAAUGUCAAAACUCGCAAGUACCAAAACGAUGUAUACAGACUGCCUACUGAGCUUGAUGAGAAGGUCGCUGCGCUGCACCUACCUGCGCUCGGCGCUCGCGUCAACACCCUUACGGAGGAACAGGCCCAGUACCUCCAUAUCAGCCCAAAAGGGCCGUUCAAGUCUAGCGACUACCGGUACUAA